AAAGAUAUGAAUGAAUAUCCAAAAAAAAGGAAAAGGAAGACUUUACACCCUUCUCGUUAUUCAGAUUCCUCUGGAAUAAGCAGAAUUGCAGAUGGAUUCAGUGGAAUUUUUUCUGAUCAUUGUUAUAGUGUCUGUUCUGUGAGACAACCAGAUAUAAAAUAUUUUGACAACAAAGAUGACGAUUCUGAUACAGAGAUAUCAAAUGACUUGCCAAAAUUUACAGAUGGAAUCAAGGCCAGAAACAGAAAUCAGAACUACCUGGUUCCCAGUCCUGUACUUAGAAUUCUAGACCACACUGCCUUUUCUACAGAAAAAUCUGCUGAGAUUGAAAUUUAUGAUGAAGAAUGUGACUCACCUGAAUCAGUCAACCAGCAACCGCAAGAGGAGAGUCCUAUAGAAGUCCACACUGCCGAAGAUGUUCCAAUUGCUGCAGAGGUGCAUGCAAUUUCUGAGGAUUAUGAUAUAGAGACAGAAAAUAACUCCUCUGAGAGUCUCCAAGACCAAACUGAUGAAGAGCCAGCAGCUAAGCUCUGUAAAAUUCUUGACAGGAGCCAGGCUUUGAAUGUGACUGCCCAGCAGAAAUGGCCUUUACUGAGAGCUAAUAGCAGUGGCCUCUAUAAAUGUGAACUUUGUGAGUUCAACAGCAAAUAUUUUUCUGAUUUGAAGCAGCAUAUGAUCCUGAAGCAUAAGCGUACUGAUUCAAAUGUAUGUCGAGUAUGCAAAGAAAGUUUCUCUACCAACAUGCUUCUGAUUGAACAUGCCAAACUACAUGAGGAGGACCCCUACAUUUGUAAAUACUGUGAUUAUAAAACAGUAAUUUUUGAGACCCUCAGCCAGCACAUUGCAGACACUCAUUUCAGUGAUCACCUUUAUUGGUGUGAGCAGUGUGAUGUACAGUUCUCCUCAAGCAGUGAACUCUACUUACAUUUCCAGGAACAUAGCUGUGAUGAACAGUACUUGUGUCAGUUCUGUGAACAUGAAACAAAUGAUCCAGAAGAUUUGCACAGCCAUGUGGUAAAUGAGCAUGCAUGUAAAUUAAUAGAGUUAAGUGAUAAAUAUAACAAUGGAGAACAUGGCCAAUACAGCCUCUUAAGCAAAAUUACCUUUGACAAAUGUAAAAACUUCUUUGUAUGUCAAGUAUGUGGUUUUCGGAGUAGGCUUCAUACAAAUGUUAACAGGCAUGUUGCAAUUGAACAUACUAAAAUUUUUCCUCAUGUUUGUGAUGACUGUGGGAAAGGCUUUUCAAGUAUGCUAGAAUAUUGCAAACAUUUAAAUUCACAUUUAUCUGAGGGGAUUUAUUUAUGUCAAUAUUGUGAGUAUUCAACAGGACAAAUUGAAGAUCUUAAAAUUCAUCUAGAUUUCAAGCAUUCAGCUGACUUACCUCAUAAAUGUAGUGAGUGCUUGAUGAGGUUUGGAAAUGAAAGGGAAUUAAUAAGUCACCUCCCAGUUCAUGAGACAACUUGAUUGUCCUUUUUAUUUUAGCUUAGAUAAUGACAAUGUGGAAUAAAUUCAGCUUUUUUUUUGAGAUGUCAAAAUAGAUGAUUUUAAAGAUAAGAGAAUUACCUGUAACAAGUAACUUUUUUAGUUGCCCAAUUUUCUUGGCAUUGCUACAUUUUCAGUAUAUAAUUGUAUCUUAAAUGUAAUAUUUUCAA